AAUGAACUGACCGUUGCUCGAGCCGCGAGGAUCGAUCUCCCAGGCGGCCGCUCUGUUUGUUGGCGGGAAUCCGCGAGAAUGUUCUCCUCUACCCCGGGCCGCUCGGCCGCCGCCUUCCAGUCCCCGGCCCGCGGGCCGUCCACCCCGCUCUCCCCGACCCGCAUCUCCCGCCUGCAGGAGAAGGAGGAGCUGCAGCACCUCAAUGACCGCCUGGCCGUCUACAUCGACCGGGUGCGCUCCCUGGAGCUGGAGAACGACCGGCUGAUGGUCAAGAUCUCCGAGAAGGAGGAGGUCACCACCCGCGAGGUUAGUGGAAUUAAAACUCUUUAUGAGACUGAACUUGCUGAUGCUCGAAGAGUCUUGGAUGAAACUGCAAGAGACAGAGCUCGACUGCAGAUUGAACUUGGGAAGUAUCGUUCAGAUCUUGAUGAGAUAACAAAAAACUACAAGAAGAAAGAUGCCGAUCUGGCCACUGCACAGGGGCGGAUUAAGGAUUUGGAAUCCUUGUUUCACAGGAGUGAGGCGGAACUUAGUGCUGCUCUCAGUGACAAACGAAAUCUGGAGGCAGAUUUGGCUGAUCUGCGGGCUCAGCUUGCUAAGGCUGAGGAUGCUCAUGCUGUUGCAAAGAAUCAGCUGGAAAAAGAAACCUUGAUGCGUGUUGACUUUGAGAAUCGCUGCCAGAGUCUUCAGGAGGAGCUGGACUUUAGAAAGACUGUAUAUGAAGAGGAGUCUCGGGAGACCAGGAAGAGGCGUGAGCGUCGUAUAGUAGAAGUGGACAACAGGGGACAACAGUAUGAUUAUGAGUCCAAAUUGGCACAGGCUCUUGAUGAGCUCAGAAAGCAGCAUGAUGAGCAAGUGCGUCUAUACAAGGAGGAACUGGAGAACACGUACCAAGCAAAGCUGGACAACAUCAGGCGUUCCUCUGACCACAAUGACAUGGCUGCCAGCAGUGCACGUGAAGAGCUGAAUGAAGCACGAAUGCGAAUUGAGACACUCAGUUACCAGCUCUCAGGCCUGCAAAAACAGGCCAGUGCUGCGGCUGAACGCAUCCGUGAGCUCGAGGAGCUACUGUCAAGCGACAGAGACAAGUACAGGAAGCUGUUGGAUGCUAAAGAAAGGGAGAUGGCAGAUAUGCGGGACCAGAUGCAGCAACAAUUAAGUGAAUAUCAAGAGCUGCUGGAUGUUAAACUGGCACUGGACAUGGAGAUAAGUGCCUACCGCAGGUUGCUGGAAGGAGAAGAGGAGAGGUUGAAGCUUUCACCUGGCUCACAAUCGCAUGUUACAGUAUCCCGCGCAACUUCAAGCAGCAGCUCCUCUGCUGCUCGCUCAUCUCGUAGCAAGAGAAAACGUAUUGACGUAGAGGAACUAGAAGAGAGUUCAUCAGGUUACACUUCUGGCAGUGGAGCGGCCUUCAGAACAGGAACCGGUACUUCGACCUUUGUUACUGGGGCAGAGGGCUCCAGCACCACGGUCUCUAGUGGUCGUAGCAGCAGCCGGUUUCAUUUGUCUCAACAGGCCACCGCUACAGGAAGUAUCAGUAUUGAGGAGAUUGACCUGGAAGGGAAAUUUGUCCACCUUAAAAAUAAUUCUGAGAAGGAUCAGCCUCUUGGAAACUGGAGACUAAAGAGAAAAAUUGGCGAUGAAGAAGAAAUAGUUUACAAAUUCACUCCAAAGUAUGUGCUUAAAGCUGGUCAGUUUGUUAAGAUAUACAGUGCUGAUGCAGGCGUGGCCCACAGCCCUCCCUCCAUCUUGGUUUGGAAAAGCCAGAGUUCCUGGGGAACAGGCAACAAUAUCAGGACCUACUUGGUCAACAUUGAAGAAGAGGAAGUGGCAGUGAGAACGGUCACAAAGUCUGUCUUGAGUAAUUUGGAAGAAGAUGAAGAGGAAGAAGCAGAAUUUGGCGAGGAAGAUCUUUUCCACCAGCAGGGUGAUCCCAGGACAACAUCCCGAGGCUGUUUUGUCAUGUAGAAACAGACCUGUGCAGUGAUCUUUUUUACUUGCUGCCAGAUUCACUGAAAUAUAUUUUUAUAUGCUGAAUCAGGUGAUUUCUUUUUACAGAAGCAUACACAAAUGAAAAGCAAACCACUGCCAUCAUUUUUGCAAAGUUUUUUUUUAAAAUUUUUUAAUUUUACACUAUUGGGUUAAGCUUUAAUGGAGCCUAAUUGGGCAAAAUGAAGAAUAUCAUACUUGAUCUUGGUGCAGUUUCAACUGGACUUUCUUUUGUUCAGUUUUUGUGCCUAGAAAGUCUGUAGGUGUCUGCAAAUUUCACAGAUUUUUAUAUUGGGUUACGGCAGUGUUUUUGUUUUUGUGUACGGGCAGGGGGGCUUAUUUUAAAUAUUUUGUCUAAAGUUUUUUACAUGUACCUAGUAAUUGCAAAAAAAAAAGUAUAAGAUUGAGUAAACGUAUUUAAGUGGUUAUUUGGAACACUAAGCUUGAUUUGCCUUUUACAAUAUAGUGUUUAAACAUUUUGCUUUGGUCACCCUAAAUCCGCAGUUGUUUUGUAAGUCUAUAGAAAUUCUGGAGCAAAAGUUUUAGAAGACACUUCUUCCUAUUUC